AUGUUCUAUGCUUCCGCUCCAAGCCAACGCAAUCAUCACGACCGCCUCUCGCAAACAGUCACCCAUCCACUAAGUCGCGUAAUUCUCCCGCUGAUUUCACUAGGUAGUCGCGUUCGCUUUGCCUUUCCGCGGCCUAUAUUAACUUUGGUUUCCGUUCCGCCACCACCGCCGCAUCCGCGCAACGGCAGCGGCAGCACCAGCACCACUACCAGCAUGGACCCGCUGGGCUACUGGCUGCUGCUGGUGGCGUUUGCCCGUCUCUCCUCCGUCUACUUUGGAUACUUCAACCUCUGGGCGCUGCAGGUCGCUGUCUACUCCAAACGCACCAUGUCUGACGUGCACGGUCGCACCUUUGCUGUCUGGACAGCUGUCACCUGCACGCUCUGCAUCCUCUGUGCGCUGCAUCUGGACAGCCGCCCGCUCUACCUCGCCACGCUGGCGUCCUUCGUCUUCGCCCUCCUGCACUUUCUGAUCGAGCUGCUCGUCUACAAGACCAUGACAGUCAAGAACUUUGCUGCACCAUGCUUCUUCGCUUCUGUGUCCACAGUGUGGAUGUUUAUGGAGUUGGGCAGCGCGGUAGGGGAGGAAACCCCACGUUCGGGGGAACGAGUUGGUACAAUUGGAAGGACGAACCGGUGUGGUUCAAGGGACGACAGCAACGUGUGUGCAAUCUGCCACGAGGGCAUCAUUCUUCAAGAGACGGGUUUCAUCAAGGGAUGCGAUCACUCAUACUGCAUCAACUGCAUUCUUCAAUGGGCUUCGUACAAGACCCAUCCGUGGUGUCCCCAGUGUCGCUUGCCAUUUUCAUCGCUUUACCUGUACAAAACUCUGGAUGGAAGCGUGAGUGAUUUUAUGCUUGAAGAAUCAGUGUGCUUGCUUCUCCGUGCUCCAUGGUACACUCCUGUGGAAUUCGAAUACCAAAAUGAGAUAGAGCACCCACCAGAGCUGGAUGCCUAUGAAGAAAACGAGGAAGAAGACUAUUAUGCUAACACUCUGCGCAUAGGCAACAGGCGAUGGGGUGAGAAUGGCUAUGUCCGCCGGGGUCGCAUAGAGGCACGCCCUGCCCCUGGCCGCUCAUCCGGUGCAGCUCAGAAGGGUCAGAAUUCCAAGGAGGGAGUUUUGGGCCGAAGGGCAAGGCGAGCUCAGAAGAGGACCAUGGCUGAUGCGGGACCUUCUGGCUCAGGCAGCCGCUAA